AGAGGAUCAAAGAUGCCAUUAAGAGCAUCAAUGACUAGUUUGAAGUCUCUGUCCACUUCUAACCUGGUGUAUCCCUUGUCUUUGGCGUAGGCAAGCUGUCACGAAGUACACGAGCUUCUGCAACUAGAACCGAGGACUUCCUUAUCUUUCUUGAACUAGCUGCAAACGGGUUGCCAAAGGAAUCACGGAUUACAAAUCCCCCAUUGCUGAGUCACCAACCACAGAACCAUCAAAGUUAAUCUUGAAAGCAUCAUUAUGCAUAUGUUAAUCAUCCAUGUCAUGUUCUAUACGCGACCUGUCUAUAUAUAUUUUGAUCCUUCUUAUAAACGUACAUCGAUCUUAUUCAAACUCCUUAUAUGAGCACUCUUUUCCAUUCAACCAAUAUGGCGAAUUGCCAUGAGUACCUUGUUCUUCUCCUUAUAUGGUUUGUCUCUUUCAUCCUUUUCCGAACCAUCUUCACCAAAACUCAAACUCACCAUCGUCUGCCUCCGAGUCCUCGUGCCCUUCCCAUCAUCGGACAUCUUCACCUCCUUGGCCGAAUCCCUCACCAAGCUCUUCACAAGCUCUCAACCCGACACGGACCCCUAAUUCAGCUCUUCUUUGGCUCCAUACCCUGUGUCGUCGUUUCCUCACCUGAAAUGGCCAGGGAAUGCCUGAAAACCAAUGAAAUAUCCUUCUUGAACCGUCCAAAAAGGACCAACGUAGACUAUCUUACGUAUGGCUCUGCCGAUUUUGUCAUGGCACCUUAUGGACCUUACUGGAAAUUCAUGAAAAAGCUUUGCAUGUCUGAGCUACUUGGGGGUCGAGUCCUAGACCAAAACCUACCAAUAAGACAGGAAGAGAGAGAGCGGUUCUUACAUUUCAUGCUUAAAAAGGCCGGCAAGGGUGAACAAGUAGAUGUUGGAGGAGAGCUUCUAAGGUUAACAAAUAACAUCAUCUCGCUGAUGGUAUUCAAUCGAAGGUUUUCAGAUGACGAUGAAGAAGCACACGAGGUUAGGGAAGUGCUUGAAGAGAUGUGUGAACUUGCCGGGAGGUUCAAUUUCUCAGAUAUGUUUUGGUUCUGCAAGAACUUGGACUUGCAAGGAUAUGCAAAAAGGCUUAAAGACGUGCGUGACAGAUAUGACAAAAUGAUGGGAAAGAUUAUAGAGGAGCAUGAGGAAGCAAGAAGGAACAAGAAGAAUGAUCCAUGGAAAGGUGAUAACGCAGUGAAUUUGCUUGAUAUUCUGCUUGAUAUAUAUGAGGACCAAAGCUCAGAGAUUAAAUUGACAAGAGAGAACAUAAAGGGCUUCAUCAUGAAUAUGUUCGGUGCCGGGACUGAUACAUCAUCAGUAACAAUAGAAUGGGCACUGUCGGAGCUAAUCAACCGCCCAGAUGUGAUGGCUAAAGCAAGAGAAGAGAUCGAUUCCGUAGUGGGAACCAACAGAUUAGUAUCAGAAUCUGAUGUCGUCAACCUUCCCUAUCUCCAAGCCAUAGUAAAAGAAACACUGAGGCUUCACCCCACCGGCCCAAUGAUCGUGAGAGAGAGCACCCAACAUUGCACCAUCGACGGUUAUGAUAUUCCGGCAAAAACCAGAAUCUUAGUCAACGUUUGGGCCAUCAAUAGGGACCCAAAGCACUGGAAGGACCCGCUCGAGUUCAUGCCGGAGAGGUUUUGGAAGAGCACACUGGAUGUGAGAGGGCAAAGCUUCCAGUUUAUGCCGUUUGGGAGUGGAAGAAGAAGCUGCCCUGGAGCUAGUUUAGCUCUUCACGUUGUCCAUACAACACUAGCAUCUGUAAUUCAGUGCUUUGGUUGGAAGGUUGGGGAUGGAGCUGCUGGAAUUGAUGGUAGGGUGGACAUGGAAGAAGGACCUGGAAUAUCACUUCCUAGGGCUAAACCUCUGGUUUGUGUUCCUUCGGUCAGGUUUAGCCCGUUUCCAUUAAGCUGAUGAUCUUGUGAUGAUCGAUAUCGGUCUUUAUAAGAUCAUUGUCUCUGUUGUUCUUUUUCAUUUGCCUGCAUCAAGUGUGGGGUGCUGGUGUUUCAGUCCCAUGGUGACUUUCCUAUCUGUUUGUCGUACAGAACGAAUCAAAUCCCUUAGCUAGCUAGGUUAACAGUUUUACAUUCAACUGUAACAGUGGAAUUAAUCGUCAAAUGUGAGAGUACGUACAAUAUUGCACAAUAUCGGAAUUGUGUGAAAUAUAUUUCAUC